CACUGUGGGUAGUUACCAAGAUUAAUAACGAUCUUGGUUUUCCAUUGCGAAAAAUUGAUCUACAAUUUAUAAAUAACAUUGUCCUGAUAUAAUUAUGAUGUGUCUUCAUAGAGCAUGCAUAAAACAAAUUUUAUGAUGAUGAGUAACAAAUCAGUUAAAAAAUUUAAGCCGUCUAAAGAUUAUGAAAAAUCAUUAGAAAGAAAUGAACAAGAAGUACUUGUUCUGCCACCCAAUCUUUUACAAGAGUUAGGUAUUAAUUUAGGAAACAUUCCAAAUACGUCAGGAUAUCCCAUAGUCAAAGGUAAUGUUGAAUCCAGUGACUUGCAAAGUGGGGAAGAAUCCAAAAUUAAUUUUGAACAGUUACAUAAUGUUGCUGAAGAAGUUACUGGACAUAUUUAUGAAAAAUCUGUUCAAUUGAGCUUUCCGAUUGUAUCUUCUAAUAAAAUUCCACAGCAGAAAGAAGAACAACACAUUAAUGCAAAUUAUGUUGCAUGCACAUCUAACAUUGAACAAAACAAUAUUAACAUCAACAUAGACCAGAAUACGACAGAAAUAGAUAAAAACACUGACAUUCAAAUACAACCCAGUGUUGAAAGCAACACAGUUAUCAAAUACCAAAAGACUAAUGUAUGUAAUAACAAGAAAACGAAAAGUUUAAAAAUUGGUGAAUUUAAUUCACUAAGCUUAAAAUCUAGUCAACUUAAUUCUAAUAAUGAUAAGAAAAAUAAAAUUAAUAUAAUAUCACAGGAAGUUUUGAAUCAUGGAAGUGCUGAAACACUUAAGAAGUUCAAGCUUUGCCCCACAUCUAAAAAUGCUUUAAUUCCAUUUAAAAUUAAUACACCCAUAGGAAAAGUUCUCAAAACUACUUCAAUCUCUGACAAUAUAACAAGUGAUACAUGUGAACAAUCAAUUUCAUUAGAGCCUGAAUUUGGAAGUAAUAAAAUAUUACAAAAAAAAGACUCUGCAUGUUCUAUGUAUACAGAAGAGAACAAUUUGGAUACAAACAAUUUUAAUAACUAUUCAGAUAUUGAUGCUAAUGAUGGUUUAGCACCAGAUACCAAUAAGAAACUUGAUUACUCUGACAUAAAAAGUGUAAACAUUAAUGAUAAUGAAGCCAGAGAAGAAAUUGAAAUUUAUUGUGUCAUUGAUGAUGAAGAUAAUCUAAGUGAAGAAUCAAAUCUUGCAACAUGCAACGAAAAUAAAACUGUUGAUAUUGACAUAAGUGUUGAGACUCCAACUCCCUCUACUAGUUUGGUUUCUCAAAUGACUGUUAACAACACAUUAACUGACUUACAUCAAAUUAAAGAAAAGGAAGUUGAUGAAGAUGUUGAAAUUUAUACAGAAAAAAAUAAUAACAUUUCAGAAAAUUUUGAUGAGUCUAAUACUUCGGCUAGCAAAAAACAAUCCAUGGAUGUUAGCAGGUGUAACAGUGUGACACAAAAACCUUAUUAUGUAAAUCAGUGUUUAUUGGAAAAAGUAAAUUUGUCACCAGACCAUUUAACAACUAAAUCUAAGUUGUGCAUACAAGGUGUUGAGAAACCUGGUGGAAUAAUUGAAAGAAGAUUACAAACCGAGAAAAUGAAUUUAAAAACGUAUCAAAAUAGAAAGGCUAAAAAUAGAUUAAAGAAUAAAACAGAUGAUGUGAUACUAGUUAAUGAAUUGACUGCAAAAACCUAUGACAUUACAGAUGUAUGUACCGAUUUGAAUAAUAUUAAUGUUACUUGUGUUACAAAACAGAUGUGCACUUGUAAUGAUUUUGGUAGGUUGCAGUUUAAUGAUGGUGAAAACGAGUGUGGCCAUCUUCAUUUUUUGCCAAAAAAUACAAUAAACAGUAAUCCUUCAAUGUGCGAGAUUUUCAGUGAAGGGGAUGAUAGCAAUGAAGAAAUAUUACCUGAAAUUGAUAAUAAUUAUGACAACAAUGAUGUCCAACUCAAUGAUUUGAGUAACAUAUGUUACACAGAAUUCUCAAUUUCAGAAAGUGAUGUAUCUGAUGUGUUUAGUGAAAACCAAAAACCAUUAUUAAGUGAAACAUGUGUAAAUAUAUAUGAUGAGACUAUGAAUCUUACUAACUUUGAUACAGAUGAUAUCAAAAGUCAUGAUUUAUAUUCUUUUUCCCCUCCUGAGGUGAAGGUGGUAGAAUGUUUCGAUGGAGGCAAUGUAUUAAAACAAAAACGAAAAAGAACAUUAAAUCAAGAAGAUGAAGGAAUAUUUUCGCCAAGUACAGACUCGAAUUAUCAUAAUGCACCUAAUGCUAAAAAAUUUAUCUCAUGUGUUAAAUGCGCGGUCUGCCGAAAAGAAAUAGCGGAAGUUGAUUGGGAUAGCCAUUUGUCUGAAAAUCAUUGUCAUAUAGCUUGGAAACAAGGCUCCAGUAUAAUAGAUCUUAAUGAUAAAAAUUUGAUUCAAAAACUAUCUGGAACGUUAAAAAAACAAAAUAGCCUGUUUUGUACUUUUUGUGGUCACAAAGAGAAAAGGGAUGCGAAAAAAUUUUUGGCACAUUUGAAAAUAUGCAUAACGAAAAUAUUUACAAAUGUAAAUAUAACUACUAGUAAAUAUUCUGAAGAGGAUAUGAACAUUCAAAACAAUGACACUAUUAAAUGUGAGACAUGUCGCGAAAAUGUUCUCAUCGUCCAAUGGACAGAGCACAUGACCACGAGACACAUUGACACCAAGACACAAAUUGAAAUAAAACCUGCACCAAUUGAGAAUAUCAUAAAAACAGAACCCGUGGAUGAAGAAGAGCUAAAAUUGGAGCUAGUAAAAUGUGCACUUUGUAAAAUGGAAAUGAAUCCAAUCGAUUGGACUGAACAUAAACAAAAAGAACAUAAUUAUUUAGCUUGGAAGGAAGGAGAUCGAGAAUUAAAUUUAGACGAUGGGAGGAAAAUCUAUAAUUAUUUACGUCAUAUUUUAAAAAACACUGGAGAACUUGUUUGCGGUAAAUGUGGUCUGGUCUACCAUUAUCCUAAAAGUUUUAUGAAACAUAUUAAAACGUGCAAUGGAGAUAUGGUAAAUUCCCUUAACGAUUCAGUGGUUAGCAACCAAUCUAAUGAAGGUGUAAACAGAACGCAAGAUGAUGACGCUGACAUUUCACUGGCUUUUAACGGUUCAGUGGAAUGUGGAGUUUGUUCCCAAGAAGUUGCUGGCACGGAAUGGUUGGACCACAUACAUAAAGAACAUAAUUACUUAGCUAAAAUACGAGGAGUAACACCCCUAGAUUUAGAAAAUGAUGAUAUGGUUCGGAAACAUUUAUAUAGAAUCAGAUUAAUCACUAGAUAUCUUACUUGUGCUAAAUGUGGAACGAAGCGGAAAGUUAUUAAAAAAUUCUUGGAGCAUAUAAAAGAAUGUGAUGGUACUACGGAGAAAAUUAAUGAAUCCACUAAGGAAUCAGACUUGGAUAAUACAAAAGAUGUUUCUAUUUGGGAAAAAAUAACAUUGCAGUACACUGGUACUGUGAAAUGUGGGGUUUGUCAAGAUGAAGUGGACGGAGAGCAAUGGCUACAACACAUACAAAAGGAACAUCACUAUAUAGCUUGGAUAGAAGGAGAACAGCCUCUUAAUUUUCUAAUGGAAGAGGAAACAUGGCAGUAUUUAAAUAAUGUGACAAAACAAACUGGAGGUCUGAUAUGUGGUAAAUGUGGACUGAAUCGUAAAUACGGCAAAGCUUACAUGCAACAUGUCAAAGAGUGCGACGGCAGUAAGUCUGCCAUGGUCGAACAAUUAAAUGAUUCUCAAAUGAUUAAAGAUAAUAUAAAUUCAACAUAUUUGGAUGAUUGCACAAAUAGUUCUGGGCAAGUUAAAUGUGGGGUUUGUGGGGAGGAAGUGGAGGGGGAGCUCUGGUUGCAGCACAUACAGAAGGAACACGAUUACAUAGCGUGGGUGGAGGGGAGAACACCUCUAAACAGGGAAGAUAAUGAGUUGAUAAAUACUUAUUUAAAACUACUUAUAAAACGUAUCGGACCAUUGAUCUGUGGAAAAUGUGGUCUACCUCGGAAAUUAGCUAAAUCGUAUUUACAACAUGUUAGCAAAUGUGAUGAAACUAAGGAGGAAGCAGAAUCUGGUAUUCAAGAGAAUUUAGAUGAGGAUGAGAACGAGUUCAUUCACACUGAGCCGGUCCAGUGCGGCGUCUGUUUGCAGCAAGUUGAGGGCAGUCAGUGGAUUCAUCACAUACGCCUCAAACAUGACUAUUUAGCUAGAAUUGCAGGAAAGCCGCCUUUAGAUGUAAAUGAUGAGGAGGAAGUUCGGAAACAUUUGAGUGUGAUGAGAAAGUAUGUGCAACAACUUGUGUGCAAUAACUGCGGGGAGAGCCGCAAACAUGUUGGAGCAUUCCUGAAACAUGUUCAGUACUGCGAUGGCGCUGAGAAAAGUGAAAAUGGAUCAGAGGAUUUAGAAAAUGAAGAAGAACCGUUUGUACCUAGUGGCAGAGUUCGAUGCGGUGUCUGCAAACAAGAGGUCGAGGGAGAGGACUGGAUCAAUCACAUUCACAAAGAACAUGACUAUAUGGCAACAAUAGAAGGAAGACCUCCAUUGAUCUUAGACGAUGAAGAAGAAAUACGAACACAUUUGAAUACAAUACGACGACAUGUCAGAGAACUUGUUUGUAAUAAAUGCGGUGAAUCUCGUAAAUUUGUUAAAUCAUAUUUGAAACAUAUAAAGAAUUGCGACGUCAGUGAGAGACUAUCAACAGAGACGGUCGUGGAAAGUCGUCGUAAUUCAGUAGCGAGUGUACCGAUGGAGGAAGAGAAAGACUACCAACUUGAGUUCCCUGGUACUGUGGUGUGUGGUGUUUGUGACAGUGAAGUGUACGGCAACCAGUGGGUACAUCACAUACGUAAAGAACACAAUUAUAUAGCACAUGUUAAAGGAAAAACUCCUCUAGAUAUAAACAAUAUGAAACAUAUCAAAGCACAUUUGAAUGCUGUCAGUAAAUACGCGGGUGGCCUGUAUUGUAAUAAAUGUGGCCUCAUGAGAUUAUACGUCAAGUCAUAUCUCGUGCAUAUUAAACGAUGUGGAAAUUCUGACAACCUAUUACCUGUAGAUGCAAAUGAUUCAGAAGUAAAGAAAGAACCGGAUGAAUCUUUCACCUCGGAUGAUAUGAAAGUGGCUGACAAAUUCCUCAAUAAUACUGAUGCUAGUCAGUUUGUGUACGAGGGUAUUGCAAAAUGUGGAGUUUGUCACAAUGAGGUCAGAAAACAAGACUGGAUCGAGCAUAUACAAAAAGAACAUAAUUAUUUAGCGUGGAUAGACGGACAACCACCACUAGAUUUGGACGAUGAAGAACAAGUACACGCUCACUUGUAUGAAUUGUCAACAUUACAAAAUGGUCUGACAUGCAACAUUUGUGACGCUAAACGUAAAUAUGUCAAAUCGUAUUUGGAUCACAUUAGAAAUUGUAGUGUGCCAAUGAGUGAUGUCAGUCGAGGUAAUUUUAAUACAUAUAUUUUAAAUUUGAAUUAA